AUGUCACCCCACAGAAAUGGAAACUUCUCAGUGAUGCCUUUGCAGGAGUUCAUGCUGGAGGGAUUUGAGGGAGGUCCACAGACCCAGGCCCUGCUCUUCACCCUGUUCCUGGCCCUGUACAUGGUGGCCAUCCUGGGGAACCUCACCAUGAUCGUGGUCAUCACCCUGGAUGCCCGUCUGCACUCCCCAAUGUACUUCUUCCUCAAGAACCUCUCCUUCUUAGACCUGUGCUACUCAUCUGUCAUCUACCCCAAGGCCCUGGCCAACUUCCUGUCCUCCUCCAAGGUCAUCACCUUUGCAGGUUGUGCCACCCAGUUCUUCUUCUUCUCCCUGCUGGCUACUUCUGAGACUGUCCUCUUGGCCGUGAUGGCCUUUGACCGCUUCGUGGCCAUCUGCAGCCCCCUGCACUAUCCCAUCUCCAUGCGCCCCUCGGUCUGUGCCCGCCUGAUGCUGGGCUCCUACUGUGGGGGCUGCCUCAACUCCAUCCUGCAGACCAGCUUCACAUUCAGCCUCCCGUUCUGCAGCUCCAACCACAUCGACCACUUCUUCUGUGAUGUGCCUCCUAUGAUCCAGAUUGCCUGUGCUGACACGACCCUCAAUGAGCUGGUCUUGUUUGGCAUCUGUGGCCUCAUCAUCGUGGGCACCACACUCGUGGUCCUCAUCUCCUACGGCUACAUCACAGGGACCAUCCUGAGGAUGCGCUCAGGAGGAGGGAGACACAAGCUCUUCUCCACCUGCGGCUCCCACGUGACAGCCGUGUCCCUCUUUUACGGGACCCUUUUUGUCAUGUAUGCCCAGCCGGGAGCUGUGGAGUCCAUGGAACAGGGCAAGGUGGUCUCUGUCUUCUACACCCUGGUCAUCCCGAUGCUCAACCCCCUCAUCUACAGUCUGAGAAACAAGGACGUCCAGGAUGCCCUGUGGAGACUGGGGCAGAGACACAGAGCCACGUGAAGGAGGGUGG